GAUUCAUGUAUAGCUAGGCAUCAAUAUUAUCGUUAUACUUUCUGGAUGGUUGUCGUGCGCCAUUGAACUGUGUUGGUGACUAAUCGAGUAUCCAAAUUCAAUAAUCUAGGCAGAACUUUUCACUGCUCUCCUUUAAAUACCUUUGAUGUUUUUCCCCGCCCUUGAUACCUCACUCGUCUUUCCUCCAAACAUUCAACCCUGAACACUCUUCCAAUUCUUCCCCCUUUACCAGAACCGACGUGGUCUUGGCACUAUCACACCCCUCCCCUCCCGCUAAGAUAGCGAAAAUGUCACUCCAAACCUUCCACCUCUUUUCCGCCCUCCCAAAAGAACUUCGCGAUCUGAUCUGGUUUCAUGCUCUUCCUCCUCCUCGUAUCAUAGGGGUUGAGGAAACUUUCGAAACGCUCUUCGAGUUUGAGAAGAGGACUGUGGGAAAAGAAAUUGAUGAUCGGGAUGCUCAUCCCGAUCUGGAGUAUUUUGGAAUCGACAUGAUGGCGCCGAUGAUUCGGGAAUUUGUGUUGGACAACAGGUUGGAUGUUGAGCUUGGGGACUUGGAGUCUGGGUCAGAAGCAGGAGUUCAAAGUAUCAAAGGAAAAGGAAAAGAGAAAGAGGAAAGAGAGUUUGUACCGCUUUAUUUGAAACCUACAGAAACUCAUUACCGACAAGGAAUCACUCCCUCGCGCCUUUCCAAUCCCCUCCUCUACUCCUAUUACCAAGCCGCCCGCCGUGGAUCCCUCUAUUCUCAUUCUACCAUCCCCUCUCUCCUAAACACAUGUCGUGAUUCUCGCUCCUGUAUGCAACGCCUCGGAUACACUCUCACAUUCUCCACACGCACUUCUGCUCCCCGCGUCUGGUUCAACUACACGCAGGAUAUCCUAUACCUGCGCGCCCUCGAUUCCGACAUCAACGAAGGAAUCAUGUCUGAGCUCAUCGACGGCACCGGAACAAACAUUGGACAAUUCCGUCCUGGGGAGUUCACACAGGUGAAACGACUCGCGCUCGAUUUCUCAAAAUGGAUCGGCUGGGAUGAACACUGGCAGUAUGAAAUCCUGCGAGUCGUGAAACUCUUCCGGAAUCUGGAAGAGUUGUUCUUGGUGUUGAAUUGUGAUUGGUGGUUCCAAGAUAUUCGCGGGGGAUUUAUUACCGGACUUCCUAAACAUCCUACUUUUGCAUCCGCCUCUUCUUCUCCCACUAAUCCCUAUUUCUCCCCCGAUUCCGCUUGCUCCCGCCAGUUUGCUAUCGCGGAGCAUUGGAAAGCAGGGGGUGGAAUAGAUUGGAGUCAUGGUGGAGGAACCACGUUGAAAACCCCUGCUAAUUCAUCAUUUCCGUGGGGAUUUAAAAAUGUAGAUAAUGAGGGAGAGUUUUGGAGACACUAUGUGACGCCGACGCCUGGGACGUUUGCGCUGACGAAUGAUGGGAAUUAUCGGUUUAAGAUCAGGGAGUUUGAGAGGAGAGGACACGGGAACGGAAGGGGAGAGAGGAGAGAUUUUUUCCGGGAGUGGAAAAGAGAGGUUGAAGAGAUUUUGAGGGAAAAGUGGGAGGAGGAUGGAGAGAGGGAAGGGCAACAAUGGAGAGUACCCAAGAUACGACUGGUUUUCUUGAGACAGGAAGAUGGCUUGGAAAAUAUUUAGUCUUGAGUUAUCGUCUGUUCGAACAUGAGACGAGAUAUCUCCCCAAACUUUUCGUCUGAUGAAGCAGUAAAGCAUAACAUGCGCCCUGGCUCAAAAUGUAACUCAAGAUGUAAACAAAACACUUUCGAUACGCGAAUGUUUGCCAUUCGCACUCCACGUUCUGUCUAUCCAUUAUCCCGAAAUCACCACGUUUUUAAUCAAUCAUUGAGGUGAAUUUUUACUUGCUAUUCACCAUCAAUCAUUCAUGGUAGUAGAGAUGUUUUGCGAUAUUCA